CCGCCAUUCACGGCCUUGGAUGUCAAUCACCAGGUCCAGGCCGGUGAUUACACGCAGGCACCCGGUGAUUGCCGAGUAUUACUGACGGGGGGAGAGAACUGUAUGUAAACAACGCAGUUCUCUUCCCUGUCAGCUCCUGCAUGCUGCUUUGUAUGGUCCUGCAUAACAGAGCCAGUGGAAAGCACAGACAAAGCCUCAUAAUAAACCACACACAGCACACAGUUAACCCUUUGAUCGCCCCAGAUGUUAACCCCGUCCUGCCCAGUGCCACUAGUACAGUAUCAGUGCAUUUUAUUAGCACUGAUCACUGUAUUGGUGUCACUGGGGAUGUCAGUGAUACCAAGUUAGUUCCCCCCCAGUGUCAGAAUGCCCGCCGCAGUCCCAUUACCAGU